UCUCUUCAAAACACAAAUCUCCAUCUCUCUCCUCUCGCCGGCAAAAAUGAAGGUCUCGCCGGCGGCACCACUUUCCGUCACUCUCCUCCUCGUCCUAUUUCUCUCCACCACCACUUACGCCCACAACAUUACUAAGAUCCUCGCAAAACACCCUGAAUUCUCCACCUUCAACCAUUACCUAACCGUCACACACUUAGCUGCUGAAAUCAAUCGCCGACAGACCAUCACUGUCUGCGCAAUUGACAAUGCCGCCAUGAACGUCCUCCUUGAAAAACACCUCCCUACUUACACUCUCAAAAACGUCCUUUCUCUCCACGUAUUCGCCGAUUACUUCGGCGCUAAGAAACUCCAUCAAAUCACUAAAGGAAGUACCCUCACCGCCACAAUGUUCCAGGCCACCGGCGAAGCUCCGGGAACUUCAGGGUACAUCAAUAUCACAAAUAUGAAAGGUGGGAAAGUAGGUUUCGCAAAUGAAGACAACGACGGCCAUUUCGCUGCUACUUUCGUUAAAUCCGUCGUAGAAAUGCCGUACAACAUCUCCGUUAUUCAAAUCAGCCAUAUUCUCACUUCCGCCGCUGCUGAAGCUCCGGUAGCUGCUCCAAGUGACCUUAACGUCACCACAUUAAUGGCGAAACAGGGAUGCAAAUCAUUUUCAGAUCUGUUAAAAUCUCACCCAGAUGUCGCCAAAACCUUCGCAGAAAAUGUACAGAGUGGGUUAACAGUGUUCUGUCCCACCGACGGCGUAAUCAGCGCCUUCAUGCCUAAAUUCAAAAACCUAACAAAAGACGGCCAGGCUUCAUUACUACUAUACCAUGGAAUCCCUGUUUACAAUUCCAUGGGUAUGUUGAAAUCCAACAACGGAUUAAUGAACACUCUAGCUACAGAAGGUAAGAAAAAAUACGAUUUCACCGUUCAAAACGACGGAGACGAUGUGAAAUUGGAAACAAAAGUCGUAACAGCAACGAUCUCCGGUACAUUAUACGAUGAAGAGCCAUUAUCCGUUUACAAAGUCGAUAAAGUUUUACUCCCCAGAGAAUUAUUCAAAGGUACUGUAGCUGAAGAACCAGCUCCAGCUCCGAAAGGUUCGAAGAAAAAGAAGAAGAGCAGCAAAAAGGGAGGAGCCGAUGAUGUUGAAGACGACGGUGCACCGGAGUCCAGCCAGGACGACGAUGAAGAUCCGGCGGAUGAUUCUGCAAAUUUGAACUGGGCUAAUAAUGUGAAGAGUAGUGGAUUGUUUGUUACAGUUGUAAUAAGCAUUAUUUGUGUUGCCAUUAUUUGAUAAUAAUGGGACCAUAAUGUUAUUUUGGCUUGCACAUAGAUAUCAUUUUUUUU